AUGAGCACGUACACUGUGUCGCUACCUGGGCCCGGACCUUGGGGCUUCCGACUCCAGGGAGGGAAAGACUUCAACAUGCCGCUCACCAUCUCCAGGAUCACACCUGGCAGCAAAGCGGCGCACGCCAACCUGGUUCAGGGCGACGUCAUCAUGGCCAUCGACGGUGCCAACACGGACGGCAUGACCCACUUGGAGGCUCAGAACAAGAUCAAGAUGGCCAACUACAACCUGUCGCUCACCAUGACCAAGUCCAAACGUCCCGUUGUCAUGCCAACGCCCAGAAUUGACGCCGGUAUCUCCAUGAUCCCUCACCAGCAGGUUUUCAGGCCCCCCGCGCCCAACGCCAGCGCGGUGCUGAAGGAAAGCAGCACCGCUGCCCACAAGGCCAUUGAGGUGACGGGCCCCGGGGGGAAAGCUACUAUCAUCCACGCCCAGUACAACACGCCCAUCAGUAUGUACUCUCAGGACGCCAUCAUGGACGCCAUCGCCGGACAGACCAUGACCAAGGGACACGACGCCGUCGGUCCAUUAGCAGAGCGUCCGGUGGACAGCGCCUCACCCGUCUACCGGGCAGUCUUGAGUGCCGAAGAAGAGGAGGAUGAGGAUGGGCGAGGACGCCGCCCACCUGGAGCUGGCGUGCAGUCCAAAACCUUCCUGGCGCUCGCCCACAUGAUGGGAACGGGAAGUGGAAUGCAACAAGUUGUGGAGGAUAAAAAAGAGAAGGAUGAGGAAGAUGAGAUGAUGAAUACUAGCAGCCUGAAGCAUCAGUCGCCCGCAGGCGUCCAGCACAAGGCGGCCGUGUCCAGUCAAUUUGGUCAGCCCGCACCUGCAACACCUCCGGCUCCACAAGCCCCACCUCCUCAGCAUUUCCAGCAGCCUCCACCCACCCAGCAGAGCUCCAUCCAGAUUCCGGUGGGCUCCGCCUCUCCUAAGGUGGUCAGUACAGCCUGCAUCUACCCAUCACAGCCGGCAGCCGCACCGCCUCUCCCCCACCCCGUCGCCCCUCUCCCCCACCCCGUCGCCCCGGCUUUGGACGCCGGUGGCAACCGCCCACCCUGGGUGACCGACAGCUCCUUCGCCAACAAGUUUGACCCGAGCAAGACCACCACAGCUGUUCUUAAGGCGCCCCCUUUGCCUCAGGCGGCACCGCCGCCACCCCAGUACAUCCCUGACCACCCGGCCCCGGCGGCUCCGGUGGCGCCUAACCCCGCCCCGUUCCCCCCCGUGGCCAGAGGGGUGGCGCAGCGGGCCGAGAGGUUUGCGGCCAGCAGCCGCACGCCGUUGUGCGGUGCUUGCAACAGUAUUAUCAGGGGUCCGUUCCUGGUGGCGCUGGGUCGCUCGUGGCACCCCGAAGAGUUCAACUGCCACUACUGCAACAUGUCGCUGGCUGACGUCAGCUUCGUGGAGGAACAGAACAGCGUUUACUGCGAGAACUGCUACGAGGAGUUCUUCGCCCCCACCUGCGCGCGCUGCAGCACCAAGAUCAUGGGGGAAGUGAUGCACGCCCUGAGACAGACGUGGCACACCACCUGUUUCGUGUGCGCUGCCUGCGGGAAACCCUUCGGUAACAGCCUCUUCCACAUGGAGGACGGAGAACCGUACUGCGAGAAAGACUACGUGGCCCUGUUCAGCACCAAGUGUCACGGCUGUGACUUCCCGGUGGAAGCCGGGGAUAAGUUCAUCGAGGCUCUCGGACACACCUGGCAUGACACCUGCUUCGUCUGUGCGGUGUGCCACGUCAACCUGGAGGGUCAACCUUUCUACUCCAAGAAAGACAAACCUCUUUGCAAGAAGCACGCUCACGCCAUCAACGUCUAA